CGAGGCGCAGCUAAGGCCGCCGUCAGCCGCGAGUGGGGCAGCAGCUGGAGCUGGCACACGACCGCUGCUGACUCUCAGCCAGUGGGGCUGGGCACGGAAGCGCCGGACUUCCUCCGAGAGAGGCCGGCCCCGGGGCGGUGCGCUCCCCGCGGGGAGCUGCAGGACGGAGCGGCCCCGCGCAGCGCGGGGAGCGUGGCGGCGGCGAUGCGGACCGCCUGCGUGCUGCUGACGGCGCUGGCCGCCCUGGCCGCCUAUUAUGUGUACCUGCCGCUGCCCGGCACCUUGUCGGACCCCUGGAAGCUGAUGCUUCUGGAUGCCACCUUCCGGGCAACGCAGCAGACGUGUCACCUGAUUGACUACCUGAGACUCAGCCAUCACUUGAUAGCUCUGAAUUUUUUAAUUUCCACUUUUGAUAAGAUGGAUUUUGUCUCCCCCCAAGACAUCAAAAUCACAGACACUGUUUUUGAUGGUGUGGAAGUCAGAGUGUACCAACCCCCUGCAAAGCAAGGUGAAGGGCUCAAGCGCAGCGUUGUCUACAUCCACGGAGGAGGCUGGGCCUUGGCACGUGCAAAAAUGGGUGCUUACAACAAUCUCUGCAGAAUCAUGGCUGAAUCUCUCAAUGCUGUUGUUGUCUCAGUUGAAUACCGGCUGGUACCAGAGGUGUGCUUCCCUGAGCAGUGGCAUGAUGCUCUCCGUGCCACUAAGCAUUUCUUGCAGCCUGAUGUCUUAGCUGAGUAUUCAGUUGACCCAAGUCGAAUUGCAAUUUCUGGGGACAGUGCAGGAGGAAAUUUGGCAGCUGCUGUGUGUCAGCAGCUUAGCAAAGACGAGCAUUUGACCAUCAGACCAAAACUUCAGGCCUUAAUUUAUCCAGUCCUUCAGGCAUUUGACUUCAGUACUCCUUCUUAUCAGCAGAACAUGAAUAUCCCUAUUCUUCGUCGUACUGUCAUGAUUGACUAUUGGAUCUAUUAUUUAAAUGCUCAUUCUGACUUGGCUGCCUCACUGCUGAUGAACAACCACACUGCUCUUGACGUCAGCCAAGCUGCCUCUUUCAGAGAGCGUCUGAACUGGACAUCUCUGCUGCCUUCCUCAUUCCAAAAGAACUACAAGCCUGUAAUACAAACCACAGGCAAGGCUGAAAUCGUGCAGCAGGUACCAGCGCUGCUGGAUGUACGAGCAGCCCCACUCCUUGCAGAAGAUGAAACCUUGCAGCUGCAGCCAAAGACUUACCUGCUGACCUGUGAGAACGACGUGCUGCGAGACGACGGAGUGAUGUACGCCAGGCGCUUGGAGAAGGCUGGCGUGGAGGUCACGCUCGAUCACUUUGAAGACUGCUUUCACGGCUGCAUGAUAUUCACCAGCUGGCCUGCAGACUUCUCUGCGGGCCUUCAGACCAGGAACAGCUAUGUAAAAUGGCUGGAUGAGAACCUCUGAAGAGACAGUCUCGCUAGAAGACACAGGGUGGGCAGCUCUGGUGUCUGUAUUUGCUAAAGAGCCAAUAAUGACAAAGUGCACUUUUCCAGAUUUGGACUUCAUCCCUUCAGCUGCAGCUGGAGGAGAGGUGGGAUUGGGAGUGUGUUAUAGACCACUAAGGACAGCAUCCAUGAGCUUGAUUGGCCUUGCCCAGCAAAGUGUUUUGAGAAGUACAUUUUCAAACUUUGAUCUUUUCCUUUUAGAUGACUAUCCACAAAUAUAAACAAAUGUUGACCAGGGAGAUCCGCAUUCCUGUAGCACUUUCAACCUGCUGCCACUUUCAGACUGUGACUCUGAAUGAGGUGCAGAGGCCACAGUUUUCACAUGAUGCAGAGUAAAGCCAGCUACCUACAUCUACAUCUGAAGGCAUUAGAAAAAUGAGAGCUAGUUUUCAACAGUGAUGAGCACUUGCUGUCUUUGACAGUAGAGCCAUACGUGUGGAAAUCAAGCAUGGGUUUAGGUGUUGGCUUUUAGGCAUGCAGACAAAUGGCUUGUUUAAAGAACUGGACAAGCCUCAGCCAAACCUGUCAUUCAGCUUUGGAAUCUGGUCUUUAUUGCCUUUUAGUUACUUAUGUUUUAUAAAAGCACAGGACUAAAUACAUUUUCAAUAGAAACUAUUAUACAUACAAAUGUAAGAUUAACUAUUAUGUGUAGCAGCAGAUUCCUGGUUGCUUAUGUGAGUGAACUUCAAAGCUGGCUCCCUAUUUGACUAAAGAAUGUGACUUCCUCUGUGUUCAAAGCCUCAGUUAAAUGACCUCCUUACUGAAAAAAAAAUGAGCUUACUGAAAAUAAUCUGCUGUAUGUUUUGCACUAAUGUUUGUAAUUAAUAAUAGUUCAUUGACUUUUGUGCUUGUAGUAUUUGCUGUAUUUCAUGCUUCUUGGGAGGAGGAAUGCCAGCAAAUGGAUGUGGAUUCUAAUCUAUAGAGAAGGUUUAAAUCUGAGCUUUGUAGCUAGACCUUGUCUGUCUCGUAGGCUGACCCAAAACACUAGCUGAGAUGAUCUCACUAUCGUGGAACAGACCUCUCUAGUUUGAACCAGUCUAAAAUUCAGACAAAGCAGGACAGGGAAGUGAAACCACUUGUGACAGUGUAUAUUGUCCAGGAUGUUGACAGCUUGCUGAAAUGGAGGUUAGGUCAAAAGCCCAGUGUUUCCAGGCAAAGAAGAGAGAAUAGCUCACCCAUGACUAAACUGAAGGAUUAAAUUCAUUCUCACCUUUACCACAGGCUUCCUGUGGGACCCCAGGAGAACAACUUAAUCUCUUUUUGCCUCACUUUCCUUUUCUACAAUAGAGGGAGUAGUAAUUUCCUACCUGACAAAGGCAGGCUUCUGUGGCUUUUGACUUUCACUCGUCUAAAAGCUGGCUCCAAGGAAUGUGCCCUGUGAUGAGGCAAUGCAGCUAGGCUGAAGGUCCUCGUAAGCACUGAGCUCAUCUCUGUGUAGUCUCCUGUGAAAACACCAAAAGGUGAGGCUUCCGUGUCAUGACAAAGGUAGUUUCCCGACAGCAUUUCUUAAGGCAGGAUUCUGGAAAGUUCUUUUUUAAACAAAAAAACCCAAACUCAAAGGUACUGGUACCAAUCUGCCUUCUGUCAUUUAAAAUACAUACAGGCCAGUCCACAUUCCUUGGAUUUAAGAAUGAGACUGGCUUUGCUGAAUCAUUGCUUCCUAGAAACUUCAGGUUGUUAAUGUGGUUGCAUGUAUUAACGAAAGCUAUUAAUGAGAGAAGGCUUUGGUGUAGGCUCAGUCAUGCAGGCUGAAAUACAUUUCUGGGCAUAGGCUCACAGAGAGGUUACAAGCCAAAGCUUUUUCAACAGUGGCUCAGAUUCCUUUCCCAUUUAGAUCGUUACAAAGACUCAGUGGAAUUAGAACAGCCAAGUGUGACAAUCUGAAUCUCAGAAUAAAUUUUGAUUGAGGUAGCCAGUUAAUACUACAGAAGAAUUCAAAUGUUUUCUGGAUUCAAACCCUCUUUCCUCUUUUCUGCCAUAAUCACCACUUCAGUAGGUCUAAUUUACACUUAGACAGCAACCAAAGCUAUGUCCCUUCUAAAGAGUAGUUACUAACCUUGAGAAGGGUCUGCUCCAGCAUCCUUUCCACUGUAUGGAGGCAGAUCCAUUUACUUGACUGUAGACUAUGAUUUACAGAGUCAAAAAACAUCAUUACACUGAGUUUACUUGAAGAGUAAAUCCAUGUCAAAAAUGAUGUAAUUUACAUCCACCUGCCAUCAUUAAAAGAUAACUGUAGUACUGGAAAAAACAUGGGUAAUAUUCCUAUGAAUAAUUAAGUUUGCCUGAGAGCUGUUUGGAGACCUUUAGAUGAGCAUUUGUUUGUAGCUAAGUUAGAGAUAUCUGCUGUGAAGCUCUAAUUGCUGCUGGUUGUUUUAACUGAAAUGAAAUGGAGAGCUGGCAUAUGUAUUCCUGGAGUCAGCUGUGAACUCCCUUCAUGCACUGAAGCACAUUAAAGUCUUGGCACAAGAAAUGGUAGCAACUAAAUAACUGGAUUAAAUGUGUUUACUAAGUCAUCACCAGCUUGAUGCAACAUCCAAGAUCACAGCACAAGUUGGAUGUGAUGUUACAGUAUUAACAAGUUCUGUUAAAGUGACUACUUUUAUCUUGCAUCUGUAUGAUUUAAAUACAUGAUAGCUGCAAAGAUGGAUCCUAUAGCAUACACAAAGAGGUGUCAGCUCUAGCUGUAAGAAGACCUUUUAGUAUAUAGCUGCUCUAGACACUUGAUUCAAAUUCAGCAUAAAGCAUGAGGCAAGUGUUAGUCCAGACUCCCCUUUCUUCUUGCUUUGCUUUGCUCUCCUUUGCAUGCAGUCUCUAUGCCUGACGUUAAGUAUUUAGGGUUGUUUCCACCUCAGCUGCUGCAAGCUUCUAGGAACUGAACACUAACUCAGCCAAGAGCUCGAGCAGAGCCGGCAGGCAUGGUUACAGAAAGCUGCUGUCUGCUAGCAAGAGAUUAAGAUUAAUGCAUGUUACAACACCUUGAUUUGUUCAUGUGUUCAGUCCUAUCUCUUCUAAAGUGGUCCCUCAGGCAUAGCUAACACUUUCAUUCCUUGCUUAUUUCACAAGGCAGUUUAGGGCACUUUGCAUAUUGCAGGAUCAGAUCAACUCUUUGUAACUGUAUUUCACCUGUGUGUAGUACAGAGUUAAUCUAAAAGAAGACAGAAAAAUUGUCUACUUACCUUCUCAAUAAAUCAACAAGUCUGGCUAACUGCUUGUAGAAGACAGCCUUCUUUUUCCUUCCUGCAUCCACAGUUAGACAGUCUAUUCAUGACAAGAGUAUCUUGUUCCUGAUGGCCAUCAAAGCAUUCACAUGUAAACUUCUGAAAAAUAAAGCUCACUUAAGGGAACCCAUAGUCAUUUGUGUCCUACUUUCAAUGAUCUGGGAAACUCUACUGGCAAGUUUCCAGGACUUCGGCCAAUAUUUGCAGGAAUAAAUGGAGGUUUUGUCUCCCUAAUUUUGGACCUCUUAGAUGAUGUGAGUUCGUCAUUCCUGAAAACCCAGACUUGUUUAAAGAUGUUUCAUGGAGCAUAAAAAUCACAACUAAGUUGAAUUCCUAACCUCCAUCUAAGGAUUCCAAAACUGAAUCCCUAACAAAAGCAGAAAGGCCACUAGGUUUCAAGCCCUAUGAACAAAAAAGAAGUUCUUUUAUUUCUCAAAUGUUAUUUUGUAGCGUUUGGGCCUCUCUGGUUUUUAAUCUCUUACUAAACCUUAUUAGAAACUUCUUCUAAUAGAAUUAUUAGAAAUAAGUUAACCUGUGUUAAACCUUUGAAGCUGCUAUGAUCUGUAACAAUGAUGUUAAACAAACUCAGCUGGUUUGAUGUUCUCUUAUUUAUGAUGUUCAAAUCCCCAGAGUAGAACAUAACUUGAUAUGAAUGCAUUCAAUAUCUUAUGCAUGACAUUUGUUUUGCUUCUUUCCCAGUGCUGGAGAAAGGUCUUGUAAGACCUAAUUAGCAACUGUGAUUGAGCUCUGCUGUCAAAAUGAAGAACGAAUAAAUAAAGUGAAACACA